CUGUGUGUGUGUGUGUGUGUGUGUGUGUGUGUGUGUGUGUGUGUGUGUGUGUGUGUGUGUGUGUGUGCGAGAGAGGGAGAGAGAGAGAGAGAGAGAGAGAGAGAGAGAGAGAGAGAGAGAGAGAGAGAGAGAGAGUGGGAGGGAGAGAGAGAGAGAGAGAGAGAGAGAGAGAGAGAGAGAGAGAGAGAGAGAGAGAGAGAGAGAGAGAGAGAGAGAGAGAGAGAGAGGGAGAGGGGUUGGAUGCUGCAUCCCACUCAGACUCAGAUGUUAUUGCACGACGAAGAUCCGUUAGCAGAGUUGUGUUCAUAGGGAAGACGUCACCAUCGCGACAUCACAGCUAUCGCGACAUCAUAGCUCCAUCCUAUUAUUAUUAUUGUGAUUCGUCGGUCCCGCACUCCGCUGCAGUCCGGACGUCACGUCCAUCCGUCCAUCGCGGUCUGCAGCAGACCUCGUGCGCUCUCUUCCCGUGUUCAACACACGCACGAGCGUUCCGCGGUCCGCCGCCCGGUGAGCCUGUGUACCGGGGGGAUGGAGACCGAGCGGACGCACUAGAGGACAGGGGGGGGGGGGGGGGGGGAGAGAGAAGACCAUGCUUUUUUGCCGCAGGCCACGCAAGCAUCAUCGUGAAACCGGACACCGACUUGCGGCGGAUGGGCUGACGGGGCCGGUCCCGCCCGGGAGAGGAACCCGCCGGUCCCGGUCCCGGUCCCGGGACUGAGGAGGAGGAGGAGAGGACGAUGACGACGGACGAGGAGACGACGGCCGCGGAACAGCCCAUCCUGGAGGACGGGACCGGAAGAGAGCAGCAGCGCCCCCUGCAGGCCUCUCUGGCCUCGUCGCUGUGCCGCGAGUCCCACUGGAAGUGUCUGCUGCUCAGCCUGCUGAUGCUGGCCUGCUUCGGGGCGCUGGCCUGGUGCGCUCUGAGCCGCGUGCCGGUGCUGGGCUCCGCCGCCGUGCGGCCCGUCGCGGCGGCGCUGGACGACGGCGCCACGUCCGCCGCCUACUACAACGACGUGCUGCGUCUGGAGAGCCCAUGCUCCAGCGGCUACGUGUACAUCCCGCUGGCCUUCCUGGCCAUGCUCUACGUGGUCUACCUGGUGGAGUGCUGGCACUGCUUCUCCAAGACCGCCAUGCUGGCCCACGCCGAGUUCCAGGAAGUGUACGAGCGGGUCCAGAGGCUGCAGCAGGCCACGCCCUGCAUCUGGUGGAAGGCCAUCAGCUACCACUACGUCCGCCGCACCCGGCAGGUGACGCGCUACCGCAACGGGGACGCCUACACCACCACCCAGGUGUACCACGAGCGAGUCAACACCCACGCCUCCAGCUCCGAGUUCGACUACGCCCGCUACGGCGUGAAGGACGUGUCCAAGGAGCUGCUGGACCUGCCGCUGCACCCGGCCGUCCGACUGCGCUUCACAAAGUGCUUCAGCUUCUCCAGCGCUCGAGCUGAGGCUGCCUACCUGACCCAGCGCGCCCGCUUCUUCGGGGAGAACGAGGGUCUGGACGACUACAUGGAGGCCCGGGAGGGAAUGCACCUGAAGAACGUGGACUUCCGGGAGCACAUCCUGGCGUUCCCGGACCCCACGCGGCCCCCCUGGUACUCCCGGCACCGCGUGUUCUGGCUGGCCUCGGCGCUGCUGCUCUCCUGGCCCCUGAGGGUGGUGUCGGAGUACCGCACGGCCUACGUCCACUACCACGUGGAGAAGCUGUUCGGCGAGAACGAGGAGAGCGGGGCGGGGGGGGCGGGCGGGGCCGGAGGGGGGGCCGACGGGCCCUCGGAGAACGGCGCGGCGCGAGGCGGGGCGGGCCUGGCGGGGGCCAGCUACAGGGCCAUCUCGCGGGUCAACACGGUGGACAUGACGGAGCUGGAGUGGCACAUCCGCUGCAACCAGCAGAUGGUCCCCAGCUACUCGGAGGCGCUGCUCAUGGACCUGGACACGGGCGGGGGGGGCCCCACCGCCACCACCACGCCCGUCUCCGGGCCCCCGGGCGCCCCGGGGCUCCAGGGGCCCGCCCCCCCGCUGGCCCUGCCCGCCGUCUUCAACUCGGCCUACCUCCUGCAGAGCUGCCCGCGCUGCCGGCGCACCUCGUCCAGCUCCAGCCUGCCGUCCCGGCUGCGGGCGCCCAGCGGCACCACUGCGCUGCUCAACGCCACCGUGGCCGGCAUGCGGGCGGCGGGGGGGCGGGGGGCCGGGCCGGCGCCGCCCGGGGGGGGGCCCCGGCUGGUGCUGAGCCGCAGCGGCUUCUCGCUGGGCCGGCUGGCGGUGGGACGGCCCGCCAGCCUCUUCCACUCCCGCAGCAUGGGGGGGGGGCUGGCCGGGAGGGGGGAGGACGGAGGAGGGGGGGGAGGAGGGGGCAGCGGGGGAGGGGGCAGCGGGGGAGGGGGCAGCGGGGGGAGCGGGGGAGGGGGAGGGGGGUUCCUGGGGCUGGGGUCCCGGCAGGACGACGAGGAGAGCCGGGGGGUGCUGGAGGGGGAGGAGCAGGCGGAGGAGGAGAGGGAGGGGGGGGAGGAGGACAGGGGCAGAGGAGAGGGCGGGCCGGGCGAGAGGCAGGGGGGGGAGGAGGAGGAGGGGGGCAGCGAGGCCAGGGAGGCGGGGGAGAGGGAGAGACCCCCCUCCUACCAGGACGCCUUCUUCUUCCCCGUGCUCAUCGUCCACGGAGAGGAGAGCUGCCACGGGGGGGACCGCAUGUGACCAAAGAGGGGGCUCAGCACAGUGCUGGACCCACCGGGGGGGG